AUGACAAACAGUGAGGGAAGCCGUGCUUCACAGAGGAGAAUGGUUAAGGGUGAAUCAAGCAAUGCAAGGGAGAGAAGGCUAAAGAUGCAAGCCGAUUUGGAAAGAAUGAAUCAAAGGAUCGAAGAGUCUGAGGCAGAGGAGUAUGUCUACUCUGAAGAGGAGUCUGAGAGCGAGAGAUUGAGGGAGAAGAGGAGGACCAAGAAAAGGAAUGACCCCAUUAGUAGUGAGAGUGAGCAAGGAGAGUUUGAGAUUGGGGUGAACCUUGUUCAAGAGGAGAGUGAUGGCUCUCCAAGUGAAGAAGAGGGUGAAGACGUCAAUCAAGAGGUUGAUGGAAGUGAACAUGAUAGUAACCAAGAUGAGUUCAUGGAGGAGGCUGAGCCACAGGAGGAGGAGGAAGAAUGA